AUGCGUUUCAAUCUAUUCUGUGCAGCCGCUUUGGCAGCAAGCCCUGCAUUGGCUAGCGUUUCUACUGCUUCAGUUGAGUCUGCUACGACCACCGAGCUUCAGACUACUGUGGCAGGCACUGCGACAGCCACUUCCGCCGACCUGUUGAGCACCAUCGCAACGACAACCUCAAAUGGUGACCCCACAGCAGAAGCAACAACCACUAUCGCAACAACUUCAUUCGUAGAGGCUACAGACCUCGAAGUAUCCGUCACUAUCACCACAGCUACCGAAGCCACGACGACCGAAGCAGCCUUCGAACCAAUUCCUACCUUCGAUGUUCUUGGAAAAGGCGCUCAAGUAGAUAGUCAAUAUCUGCUAGGAUACCAAUCAGCUGGCUUCUUUGUUGGAUGGCAAUACUCAUCCACGAAAGACCGCUUGACGUUUUCCAUUGACUCCACGACCAACCGCGUUACAGACAUAAACGGAAAUAGCUUAUGUAUUCAAUAUGGAGAUGUUGGGGGUGCUAACUUGCUCAGUACGUGCAGCGACAAUAUGCUUAACCAACCAGACUUUGCCUUGGUUCAUUGCAAGCAAUCGCGCGAUCGGGAGCUUCACUGUUCUGUCCCUGCGAAGACCUGCACUCUGGACUUUGGUACUUUCGAGACUACUUGUACUACAUUCACGGGGACAUUCGAUAACUUCUACACGUACUCUGGGAGGCAGGAUGGGAUAUUCUUGGCAAUGGGGGCUAUCAAUCCUGGUGCAAACUACCAGGCUAUCAAGCUUGGAAUUACACGUAACGAGUCAAAAUAA